CUAGCUGGAGCUGUUGCUGGUUGGGGUCUGAGGGGAAGUGGCCAUGAGUUUUCUUGGAGGCUUUUUUGGUCCUAUUUGUGAGAUUGACAUUCAUCUUAAUGAUGCAGAAACACGGAAAACAGCAGAAAUUAAAACUGAAGAGGGCAAAAUAGAAAAACACUUCCUCUUCUAUGAUGGUGAAUCUGUUUCAGGAAAGGUGAACAUAGCCUUUAAACAGCAUGGAAAGAGGCUAGAGCACCAAGGAAUUAGAAUUGAAUUUGUAGGACAAAUUGAACUUUUCAAUGACAAGAGCAAUACUCAUGAAUUUGUAAACCUAGUGAAAGAACUGGCCUUACCAGGAGAACUGACACAAAGCAGAAGUUAUGACUUUGAGUUUAUGCAAGUUGAGAAGCCAUAUGAAUCCUACAUUGGCGCCAAUGUCAGAUUGAGGUAUUUUCUUAAAGUGACAAUAGUAAGACGACUGUCAGACCUGGUAAAAGAAUACGACCUUAUUGUUCAUCAGCUUGCGACAUAUCCAGAUGUUAACAACUCUAUAAAAAUGGAAGUAGGCAUUGAAGACUGCCUGCAUAUAGAAUUUGAAUAUAACAAGUCGAAGUAUCACUUAAAGGAUGUGAUUGUUGGAAAAAUUUAUUUCCUCUUAGUAAGAAUAAAAAUUCAGCACAUGGAAUUGCAGCUGAUCAAAAAGGAGAUCACUGGAAUUGGGCCCAGUACCACAACGGAGACAGAAACCAUUGCUAAGUAUGAAAUAAUGGAUGGUGCACCAGUCAAAGGUGAAUCAAUUCCUAUAAGACUUUUCUUAGCAGGCUAUGAUCCAACUCCUACAAUGAGGGAUGUGAAUAAAAAAUUUUCAGUGAGAUACUUUUUGAAUCUAGUGCUUGUGGAUGAAGAAGACAGACGGUACUUCAAACAACAGGAAAUAAUUCUUUGGAGAAAAGCUCCUGAGAAACUGAGGAAACAACGAACAAAUUUUCACCAGAGAUUUGAAUCUCCAGAACCACAAGCAUCUGCUGAGCAACCUGAAAUGUGAACUAGUAUUGGAGAUGAAAAAACUAUUGACACUUCAGCAGGUUAAAGAUGGCAGCAGCCUGUGGGAAAAGAGAAGGCAAAAACUCACAUUACUACUGUCUUCCUUCAUCUUACAGUGCUGCAUUUACUGUGUUACUAAAACAUUCGUCAAGCAAACAUUUAAGUGUGUAUAUACAUUUAAAAUAAAGUGCUUUCUCAAACACUGGAACUUUCUUAAGCUACUAUUUUAUACUGCACAUUUUACUUUUAUUUGAUAAUGUUAUGCUCUUGAGAUGCAUAAAACUUAGACAAAUCUAGUUAUAUAUUUCCAUGCAUGUAGGCUUGUAUAUUUAUUUUUUGCUAAUCACUUAUAAUAUGUAGAUUAAAGCAUUUCUCCCCUUCAUGUCAUUUAUCGCAUGCAUACUUCCAAUGCUGCUAAUCUGCACUUCUUUUGAAACCAAUAGAUAAGUAUACUUGUCUAAAUUACACUAAAAAUCUGGGUUUAUGGUGGAUCUUUUGUCCUAAGAAUGCCUCAUUCUAUACAUAUAAUUGUUGUUCAACACUUUAUAAACCACAUACAUAUACAUACCACAAACUUACUGUACUUGUUUGGAGUCUUUUAAGACCAUACCGUGGUUCUCAGAAGACUUGAAUCUUGCAUCUUUCACAAGAAUGUUCACAAAUUUGUUCCCAAGAUUAUCCUUUUAGAUUUGUGGGGGCUCUUAUAAUUUACUCUAACCAUAUCUGUUUUUACUUAGAACUUCCAGAAACAGUUUACUGACCAGUCUGUUUUUCUAGUAAGUGUGAAACUCAAUUUUCCCACCCAUUGCUGUUUUUCCUUUAACUAAGAUGGUGCAGGGAUGGAAAUGUUUUAACAUAGCUGAUUCUUAAUGAUUAAACAAAGACAGUGUUAUGUGCUCAAAAUCAGCUUUUUACAUGCACAAUAUUUACUCAUCUCCUCUUGUAUUCAUAAAUCUACCCACUCUUUGCCGCUUACUCCUUUGCCAUCCUUGGGAAGGAAGAAAAAUGACAGCCUCUCAGAACAUACUUACUCUUGUUCAUCUAGGCCUAUAACUGAGUAGGAGACAACUUUUUUUUUUUUAAAUUGGCUGCGUUCUGUAAAUGUUCAGGAAUUUGUCAGGAUAAAACAGAUCACUUUUGUUUUGAUCAUCUCUUGUCUGAGGUUAGUCUUUGAACAAAUUACUUAAAGUUAGCCUCCAUUUGUUCACAAUCACGUAGUCUGCUAUCAGACAUAAUAUAUGUGGAUUGAGCACAACAUGAAGCCUGCUGUGUGGAAGGCUACUUGCAAUUGUAGUUCACUUGGACAAGACUCUUUCUAAACUUCAAUGCAAGUGUUAUUGGUUGACCUUACUUUAUGAGUAAGCAAAAUAAUUGAAUUACACUUCUGUAAAAUGUUUUACUACUAUGGCACUUUGAUAAAGCAGAUGAAGAUUCUGUGUAGUUAUACUGAAUAAUUCUCUUAAAUGUGGACGAGUGCAAAUUUAACUCCCUCGUGUAAGUGCCUGUUCAGAAUUUUUUUAAAAAAAUGCCAAAUAUUUUCACGAUCACUUGCAUGUUGUAAUCUGGAAACUAUUACAAGAGACUUUGAAAAUCGAUUGUAUUUAACCUGCCUCUGUGCAACCAUGUAUAAUAAACAAGAAACACACUGAGCCUCUAUUUGAGUUAUUAAAGUAGCUGUAUUAUCACUAAAAA